CAGACGCAAAUAUGAUUUUUUUGUUGCCGUAUAAAGUAUAUAUUUUCUUGAUCAAGCUAUAUAGGCUAUAUAGCCAUGUCCUUUUGUUUGUCUUGUGCCUUGUUUUCAUUGCAGGUAGUAAACAAUCGAAACGGUUCGAAUCUGAUAAGACAAGGUAUACUAUUUAAGAUACUUAUUUUCUCGCGACUGUCUUUUCAAAGGUAAGCCCAAAAGUAAGCUUUACAGAAAGGCUUAAGUUGCGCAAACCGUUGAAAAGUCGGCCAUAUUCGUAGCCAACUUGUAAAAAAGUUAAAUGGUGUCGCCCAACAGUAUGUAAAGGGAAGGAAAAGCAAUAAGUUAAGUGCAACGUUACAGAGAUUGCUGCAAAAAGUCAACCUCUUUCGCCCACCGAUUCACCUCUUAGUGCCCAUCAUCCACUUGGGGAAGAUUAAACACACGGCGGCGAGGUGCACACCCCGCUGGCAUCUGGUGGCAAAUUCGGAGAGGCAAUUAGCACGCACGGACCUGCAAUUACUCGAAUUUACCCAUUGGGUACACUUUCCCAGGGCCAGAAACCUAUAUAGAAUAGUGCAACAAGUGCAAGGCCACCAGUUGGACUUGUGGCUGCGAACGUGCAACAGGGCAUCAAGGUGGCAAGGUGGUGAAAAGUGAAAACAGCCGAAACUCGCCUUUAAAGCAUUGUUUUCUAAUUAAAACCGACAUGCCUGAAUGGGCUUAGAAGCACGUGUUGUGCUCCCUGGAGCGUUAAUCUUCGAUCUGCCAAUGAGACGCCCACUUUUCAUCAGUGAAAAUUUACAUAAGUGGAAAUUGGGAAGUGGACGGUGGUCGGUUACCUCCACCCAAUCCGGUUACGCCUGACGGGCUAACAUUCUGCAUGUGUACACUCCCAAAAGCGUUCAUCAACAAAGUUUCAGAUACUAAUAAGACAAUUUAAUAACUAAGGUAGUCAAACCUUACUUUAAUACUUUACAUUACCUUAAGUAAUAGUAACAAUAUAGGUUAAGUAUAAAUCAAAUAGGUUAAAUAGAAUCAAAGAGUUUUCUGAACCUGAUUAUGUUACUCAAAAACCCGGUUUUAUAUAGGUUUUUGAGUUAUUUUAAAUGAAUUUAAAUUUUAAACCCAUUUUAACUGCCCUAUUUCUCUUCGUGUGGGCCAGGUAAAAGUCUUGAUUGUGAAAAUCUAUCUGGGGGAUCAACUAGGCGCUUGACCGCAAGCAAAAGCCACAGCAUUUUUCGGCGAAAGGCCGUAAAAUCGCUCGACCAGAGAGCACCAUAAAUUGUCGAAUGGCCCGUAGAAUUUGGUCUACAAAGAUCUCGGAACACUCACCUCCUCACAGUUCAAUUCUUGACGGCGUGCGGAGUGCGUGUGUGAAGUGGCAAGCCCAGCCGAAGGAUCCGCAGGAAAAUUGAAUCAACAAUGUGGCAGCGACAGGUGUUGGUGCUCGGCAUUUGCGGGCUCAUAACAAUGGAGGUGGCGAGGUGCAGCGCCAGUCGCUUUAAUGGCGCCACUUCCGCCGGCAACCAGAACCCGCAGCUAAAGCUGGAGAUGAAUGCUUGGCAGCCUUUCACCCAGCACAACAAUUGGCUCAUCCUCCAGGCGACAGCACCCAGUUCCAUGCAGCCGGAGCGAGCGGAGAUCCGGGAAAGGCGAAAGGAACCGGAACGACUUCCUGUCAAUUUCUACGCCUACAACCAUCGCUAUAACGAGAGCUCUACAACGCCGGGCGGAAAUUACAAACCGAAUCCUCCCAACGAUCCAUCCAGCUAUGUUCUGGCCAUCAGCCAGCAGAUGCGGCGGGGCCAACUCCUCCGCCAGCUGCCAAAAGCGGAGGAUGUCGAGCCGGAAGUUCAAAAGGUGGCUGCGACUUUAACCCACCCGGUUAAUGGUGAUGACGAUAAUAAUCAAGAUGAUGAAAACAGAAUCCUUCCCGGGGGACCAGGAGAUGGCGAACAGGCGUCGCUCCGGGGCGCGGAAUCCUACUUGGAGCCCUUUGAACGCGCCCUGGUGAAAGUGCGCGACUUCUGCGACGCCCUAAGAAGCGUGAUUAGCGACGAGGCAGAUGAGACGGGUUCAAAUAAAUUGGAUGCCACCGCAGGAGAAGGAGCAGCCGCCGCACAGCCACCAGGUGCAACUUCAAAGGAGCUCCUGGUUCAAGGUCGCUCUCAACGCCUGGCAUCUGCGUUAUCCGAGGGCCGCAAGCUCAAGAAGCUGAAGAAGAAGAUCCAGAAGCUGUUUUUCCCCCUGCUGAUUGCCUACAAGCUCAAGUUCCUCACCCUCAUCCCGGUCCUAAUCGGCGGACUCACGCUGCUCGUAGGCACCACGGGCCUGGCCGGCUUCUUCUUCGCUCUCUUUACGGCUGUAAUGAGCCUGAAGAGCUCCGGAGGUGGCGGCCAUGCCAGCAAGUCACUUGUCUUGAAGAAGCUCUGAUGAGUGCCGCCUUAAAACCCAUUCAAAUUACCUAUUUGGGUAGAGUUGGCCAACUGCUCGACCAGCAUUGAGUUGUCCGGUCGGUCGGUGGCUAUAAGCAAGUGACGUCGCCGAUUUUCAGCGAUAACAACGACGCGCCCGCAAGUGAAAUGAAGUAUGUAAAUAACAACAAAAUCACCCAUUAGUGAAUUUUAAAUACUCUGUCUUAAAUACUGCUAUCUUAGACACGGUCUUUAAUAUAAAUGACAAUUAUUUGCAGCUCCAUAAGAUAUUAGAGCUUUACGAAAACUACUAUUUCUUUUUUAGCCUUUUAAUUUAUGAAAACAUUUUUCUUAUGUUAAACACAACACGGUUUGGUUUAAGGUUUUUCUCUUGCUAAAGUCAAAUUAUUUUAUUUUUGCAUAGAUGGGCUGUUAAUUGUAAGUAUUUAUUGAUCUUAAAAUUUUAAGAUUUGACGAACAAGUCUCUGUAAACUAUAAGAUGAUCGAUCUUGACGACUUUAAUUAUAUUUUACUGAGCAUUAGGAACCAUAUUCUUCCUAAAUUUUUACUAAUUCGAUCCACUCACCUAU